AACGGUAACGCUGGACGUUCAUUCAGCAGGAUAAGAGGGUUAAAUACUUUCUUGUGCGCAUCAAUGACCACUGGUCGACUCUCUGGCUUAGGCCUUGUGCACAUCCAGACAGACAGUGAGGUCAAGACUGACGUCGUUAUAGAUACAUUUGCACGACGAAACAAUUGCUGUUUGACACUUUCAUUUGCUGACAGCGUCAUUUGUUUGUGUCUUGUUAUGCAAAUGUAUCCGAGUGUUUCCUGUUAGAUACCAAGUGUCCACAUUGUAACUGGACCGGGAUAUGUAAUACACGUAGUGGUCUGUGUAAUUGUUAUGAAGGAUACAAAGGGGUAGAUUGUAGUGUAGACUGCGGUUGUCAUGGUCACGGAAUAUGCAUGCAAGAUAAUACAUGCCAAUGUGACCGGGGCUGGAUGUGGUCUAAAACUCACUAUAGAUGUGUCUGGGAUUGUAAUUGUCCGAAUGACGUACAGUGUAUUGGACCUGGUGUAUGUGGAUGUGCACAUACGUGUAAAUACGGCACGUGCUGGAAUGGACAAUGCGAAUGUUGGGAGGGUUAUAAAGGAAUUACAUGUGACACGUUUGAUAAAAACAUGAUGAUGAAUAGAAACAUUUCCGUUGGAAUGAAUCUUGGAGGUCUUUCAUACUGGUCACCGGAACUGAAAUUUGUUGACGUUGCAAAACAGUCUCAAGAAUGGAUUACAGAACAUCACACCACGCAUCAAUGGGACACGCACGAGCAUGACACAAUCACGUGGCGCGACGACGGAUAUCCAGCCAGUCUACCGAAUGAUAUGUUAGUUGGAAAAUUAGUUCUUCGAGCAAACGCAGGGAUACACGGUCCGCAGGGGAACUUUACACUGCUGUAUGACGGAGAUGGAGAGAUAGCAUUUAGUCUCGUCAGACCGGUUAUCCAUUAUAACGGGAAAGGAAGGAUGGUUGUUGAGUUUCAUGAAAACAGUGGCGGUAUCUUCAUAAAAAUAAUGAGAACAAAUAGCGCAAAUCCUAUACAUAACAUCCGGUUGAUAUUGCCUGGGUUUGAGGAUCGACAUGAGUUGUUCCCCUUUUACCCGCCAUUUUUGAACAGCAUUAAACGUUACUCAGAGCUAAGGUUUAUGGAUAUGUUACAUACAAAUGGACACACGCCGGAACCUACAACGUGGAAGACAAGAAGAAUGCCAGAGUUUCACACACAAACCGGUUCCGCUGGUUGUGCCAUAGAAUACCUGAUACAUCUCACAAAUAUCGUUGGAUCUGACCCAUGGUUCAAUCAACCGCAUGCCGCCGAUGACGACUUUAUCAAACAAUUUGCAAACAUGUCAAAAACUACCCUAAGACCAGAUGUCAAGGUUUAUAUCGAAUAUUCAAAUGAGGUAUGGAACGGCAUAUUCCGGCAAACUAAAUAUAACCAAGAACAAGGAAUGAGCCUCGGUCUAGAUACAGCUAAUUGGAAAGCUGGAUUUAAAUACUACAAUAAACGUUCAACCGAAAUUGCUAAUAUAUGGAAAUCUGUAUAUGGGAGCGAUUCUGAGAAGCUGAUACCAGUUUGGGCGUGGCAGACUGGGUACCAUGACUAUACGAGACAAGCUAUGGUGGAUUUAGGGACCAGAGCUAGUAAUUUUAAAGGUCUUGCUGUAACUGGUUAUUUUGGCUGUGAUCAUGUCACUAGUCAGUCUAAACAUGAUAUUACACAGUUAUCUAUGGCGGACAUCCGGGAUCUUUGUAAAAAGGAUCUACCAAAAAGUAUUGAUGAUUUCCACUUCUACAUGAACAUGUCAAAGGCAAACAAUUUAAAGUUAUUGAUGUACGAAGGAGGGCCUGGCUUAGAGAGUUCACGAAAUAAUAACGCCACUGACCAUGCUAUAGCUUUCAACAGACACGAUCUGGCAGGGGACGCCACUCUAGAUGUUCUUGAAGCUUGGUAUGAUGUUGUGGUGUCCGACCAGUAUAACAAACAUCCGGGAGGUUUAUUCAACUAUUUCUCGUCUGCUAGUUCUUAUUCCAAAUAUGGUAGUUGGGGUCUGAUGGAAUACACUGGUCAAGACCCACACACGUCACCAAAAUAUAUCGCCCUUCACAG